CAAGGCUGGCACACCCCCACAUAAGUUUAAUUUCCAUCCUUGAAACUUCAUAACGAUUUGGUCAAACUAAUUACAGAACCCAGAUUAAGACAGCGGAAAGGAUCAAGAAGCUUAUAUUAGAGGCCACACCAUCAAGUUAGCAAAAAUAAAUAUAAGAUCAGAACACAUAAGUUGAGAUAAACAACAUUGGUGAGUAAAUAAAUACCAUAGACUAUAAAGGGGGUAACAUAAUGUACACAACUAGACCUUUAUCUCUGUACAAGAAUUCUCCGGAAGCCAUAUCAGUACCUCCAGAGGGUCCGAAUUCGGGUUACUUGGUACUUCAAGAUGAAGAUUCAACACCUACUUGCUGUUUCGGGCUGUGCAACAACCCAGCUAUCAAAGAUCUUCCGUUCCCUCAAAACAGGCGUCUCUCCAUUCAAUACACCACGUCCAAUGGUGAAAGUAGCAGCACCAGCUAUGAUGAAGUAUACUUGAUUCCUGUCAUUAAUCACCCACUCUCAUCCAAUCGAUAUUAUGCAAUCAAAGCAGAUGGGAGGCGGAAAGGUGAAGCAUAUGCAAGCUCAAAAGAAGAAGACAAGGCCACCUGCUGUUUCUGCAUCCCAUACAUUAAAGAUGAAAAACCAAGAUCCUUUGAUCCAGCGGACAUUUAUCAGCAAUUUGAGUUCUCUACAACUAAAACAUGCCUUAACAGCAACAUGCUCUUAGCUAAAUCCAUAGCAUCUGAUGGCCACCCUCCAUAUUUUUUACGCAGAAAAGGAUGGACGAUAAGUGGCAAGUCUCUAAAGAAUUCUGAGCUGAAAGAAGCUCGAGGUAUUGACUCCUCUCUUCGAGCACAUCUUCCAGACUUCAAUUUUCCGGCAUCACAAGAAUGUUCCAAGUCUGUAAUUGUUGGUAAGUGGUGUUGCCCUUUUAUGUUCAUCAAAGAAGGCAGGGAGAAAGAUCAAAUCAAGUACUCUGUGUUCUAUGAGAUGACACUUGAGCAACGAUGGGAGCGUAUAUUCACUGCUGACAGGAACUACAGUCAUGGAAAGGUAGUAAACGUCGAUGUGGUUGUUCCGGCGGAAAUGGCUGAGAUUGCAGGUCAAGAAGCUGUCCAAGAAGAAGGAAAUAACAAUAAUGGGGUGGUCUGGUUCAAUGUAAGAGGAACAGAAGAACGCGUGGGGAUAAGCUCACUGAUUAUAGAAAGAAUGAUGUGGGAAGAAGGAAGAGUUGGCUGGUUCAGAGGGAAAGAGAAGCAGGUUAAGGUGAUUAAAGAUGAGGAAUAUGCAGGUGUAGGAGAUUGGAGAAGUUUUGGUUGUUAUUUGCUUGUCGAAACUUUUGUUUUGAAAAGGAAUGAUGGGAGCAUCCUAUUUACAUAUGAUUUCAAGCACACUCAUCAGAUAAGAAGUAAAUGGGAGUGAUAUCAGUAAGUUGUGCUUUUCUAUGGAGAUGUCAAAAUUCAAAACUUUGUUCCUGUCUUGGGUUUAGAAGAUAAAACAGUUGUAAUAUAUAUAUUCUUGCUGCUUCAAAAAUUUAUAUUUGUGUGUGUAAUAGCUAGAUCAUAUAUUUAAAAUUGCUUUGUAUUGUGUUAUAGUUAGUUUGAAUAUCGGCUUAAUAAGCCUUCACCACAUUUGCAACA